CAUUGACGAGCAGCAUUUUAUCCCGACAAUCGCCUGCUCGUCAAUGAAGGAGACCACUGCAUUUACAUGCAAGGAUCUCCUCCACAGUACUGGGAGGAAUGAUCACUAAUGCCAUGACUUGUCUCCAUACAGAAUCAUUGUUUGCCCGCAGCAGAAGCUGUACAGACGACACGUUCGGUUCCCGGCAAACAAUGAUUUAGGUGACUGCAUGAAAGAUCUAAUUACCCGAUGAAUGAGCGUUUUGCUCAUUCCUCUGGUAAUUUGGUGGCACCUUUACAACAGCAGAUUAUCGCUAAUAAGCAUUCGUACGAGCACUCAUUAGCAAUAAUCUGCCCCAACAUCGGGUAGUAUAGAGAGACCUUAAAGAGGUUUUUCCAUUUUGGACAUUGGGGGCAAAUUGCUAGGAAAUACCCCAAAUGUCUGAUAGGUGACGGUCCUAGAGCUGUGACCUGCAUCUAUUCUUAGAAUGGAGCCCUCAAAGUGCGUCCUCUAUUCAUUCCUAUGAAAGUGCAGAAAAUAGCUGUGCGCUGGCUUGUCCAUAAGCCCCAUAAAAGUGAAUGGAGCGGUGGCAGCGCUUGCGCUGUGUGCUUCCCAUUUAUUUCAAUAGAACUUCUGAAAAUAUCCGAGGUCUGAGAGGUCUAAUACAAUAUUCUGUAUAGUGCAGGAUUGUAAGAGUGGAAGGCAUGAUGAUAGCUACAGACGGAGAAGUAAAAAGAAAGAUGUGAGGUUUUGCAGAGAGUAAUGUUCCUGCGAAGCUCAUACAGAACAUAAUAAUAUCCAUUGAACAUUGAUUGACUAUUAUAUUAUUCUUUACAGUGUGGUGGUAGACCUACCAAAUCUCAAGACCAUGAACCUGGGUAAUAGUAUGACCUCCAGCACAACCACUAAAACCAGUUCCAGCAUUUCGGAAGUCCUCACCCAGUGUCAGGCAGAUGCAGAAACUAUCCUCUAUAACCUGGGAUUUGCCAGUGAGAAAACCUGUUCUAUGUAUAAAAUCCCUUCCAGGUUUUUCCUCAUCCCUUCUAAAGCAGAAGGCAUCGAUUUCACUAUAUACUUUGAAUCCCUUUUGAACAGAAUAAAGAGAGGAGACUCCAGCUACAUACCGGCAGAUAAAGGAUUACUGUAUCACACACUAUAUCCACUUCAUAAUUCAUACCCUUACAUAAGAACGCCAGAGAAAAAGAAAACCAACCAAGGACACAGGAGACACUUAUCUUUUACCUGAGUAUGUGUGAAGUGAAAGAACGUCCUUCCUACUGAGAACAAGAGUCCAGGAUCCAAACAGAUUUUCUGAUGGACCAAGCACUACAGCGUCACAGAGUGUACACGUGGAUUGCAAAAGACCAUUUGAUCUGCCGACUACCUAGAAACACUGCAGGAAGCCAUAGACAUAUACUAUUUCUUUGUACGAAAUAUAUUCUAGAAAAGAAUGAAAGGUCCCAUGUAGUGAUAGGUGGAGAAGAGUACAGCAGAGAAGCAGCGCGGACAUGAUCCUUGGAUUUCACUGUGGAUAAAUGACCCUGUAGCUCUCUCCACCAGCAUAUCUUGACAGCUACAAAUUUGCAGGGCAAGCUGGGAGUCGUGGUUUUCCAACAGCUAUAGAUCAGAGUACGAUAAAUGUAAUAAAAAUACAAAAAUCAAAAGGUAAAAAAAAGAUUCUGUUAUAAACAAAAUUUCCUUCACAUUCUGUGCCUUUCUAUAUAUAUAUAUAUAUCGUAACCGCCAGAGAUUAUGGGUCAAUUCUUGUAUAAAUAUAAUUCAUUGAACCAACUAGAUUAUUAUCAUGUCAAACAGCAAGUUUUUGUUUGUUUUUUAUCACCAAACAUUUCAUUGGUAGCAUUACAAAAUCAAACUUUCAAC